CGACUGCUAGAAUUAGCUUUAACCGCCAAGGAAGAACGCGAGGAAAGCGUGAUGAAACUUCAGCAUAAAUUUGGGCUAAAAUUGAGCGAGAAGUAUAAGAAAGUACAAGAUUUGAUGAAAAAGGUUAAACAACUAGAGGGAAAGCUCUACGUUACGAAUGACACGUCGCUGGAAAAAACAUCGACCGAAGAGACAAGCACUGAAGAUACUAUAGUUACUGAGAUGUCGGUGAAUGAACUUAGAAAUAAGUUUGAGCCGGAAAUAUUACAGAAAAAUCUGGAACUUCAACAAAAGUCAUUAGAAAUUGAAACCCUUGAGAAUUCAAGCGGCGGUCACUGUGACAAAGAGCAUGUAGAGAUGACCAAGCGUAUUGAGAAGUUGCAAGAAGAAUUAUACCAAAGAAACGAGCAAUUACAUGAAAAGAUCAGCGAAACUGGCUUCCAGCUCCUGUAG